AUGUCAUAAACAGCAAUAGAUAAAGUUAAUAAUAACUGCCAUCAAUAAUUAGAGUGCAAAUAGCUUAGAAGAGCAGUUAAGUGGAUAUGUUUACAUCCACUCUGUAAUUCAUUUUUAGAAAUGUGCGAUUCUUGCUACCCUAUUCAUAUAGAAUUUCAUAAAUAAAACAAAUUAUUUUAGGAAGCAGAUUUUUAAAAUCCACUAAAUAGACUAGAAUAGCAAAAAGAUAAUGUCAAUAAAAUUCUUAUUAAGGUAUAGAGUGAGUUAUAAGCAAUAAGAGAAAAAAUAAAUUAAGAAAUAUAAUCUUUUGCUAAGCAAGAGUCACCACCUUUACCAAUUGUCUAAGAAUUGACUUCAGUGAAAGAUGCAAUUAUAAAAUUAUUUGAUGAUUUGAUAGAUAAGUUACAAGAAGAAUCGCAUUUAAAAAAGAGAGAUAUGUUGAGGGCAAUACAUGAAGAAGUUACAACCAAGAUUACUGAAACUUUAGAAUAUUAAAAUAUGCUUAGUAAUCCAGAAACUUAGUUAUAAUCAAUGAGAGACGUUAUUAUAUUUGACUUAGAGUAUUAGACAUAAAUACAAAGAUCGAGAAUGGAACAAGUAUUGGAUGAAUUAGCAAUUAAAAAUGAUGAAAGAAAAAUAGAUGAGGAUGUAGUUUUGAGGAUAAUAUCUUCAGUUAGAAAAGACAUAGAAUAAAUUAUAUUAAAGCCAUCAAAUAUAUAAACACAAAAAUAAAAUAUUAAAAAAUAAAUAGAUAAUUCAUAAUAAUGCAAAAAUUGGCUUUUCUAUUUUGAGCCUUAUACUAAAAAUUUUCACUACUUAAAUGUUUAAGACUCAAAUCCAACAUUUAAGACACAUACCUUAGCAAUAGACUUUCUAAUUUCACCAGGGAAUAGGUCUAUUCUAGCUAAAGAUAAUUAAAUCUAUCUUGUAGGAGGUUAUGAUCCAAAAUAAAUUAACUUAGAAAAUGAAUAGUAAUACAAAUAUGUUUACAAACUCAAUUUGGAAAGAUUAACUCUUUCAAAAGUUAGUUCUUUGAUAACUCUAAGACAUUCAUUUGGCUUGUGCCAAUUAUAAAAUUAUUUAUAUGUAGUUGGUGGAUAUAAUUAUAUUGAAGGAAGUUUAGCGAAAUGUGAGAAGAUUCCAUUGGAUAACGAAGCAUAUAAUAGCUCUAUUCCAAUUAAUAAUCUUUAAAAAAGAUCAUGCUACCUUACAGUAUGUAGCUGGAGGAAUAGCAUUUUAGUUAAGUAUGGAGGUAUUUUACACGACCAGAGCUUUUAAGCUACUAAUGGUAAAUAAGAAUAGUAGAUUGUUUUAUCUGAUUAUUUGACAGAGUUUUAUCUUCCAGAUUAAGAUUUUUGGGUUUAAAUGUAAACAUUAAAUUAUCCUUGCACUUUUCUAUCAAAUUCGAUUGAAAUCAACGGCUAAAUUAUUAUUUUUGGAGGAAUUACUCUUGAUAAAAUAAAAAAAAAAAGCACUUCUAAGAAUGAAGAUAAAGUUAUUACAACAAACAGCUUAAUUAAAAUUAAAGCUUACAAUGUUGAGAGUCUGGACAUAGAAAUAUCAAAAUCAUCUAGCGUUUUUGACCCUUGUUAUUCUAUGUUUCAGCCUUUAUUAAAAGAAACAUCUAAUUCUAAGAAAAAAAGAAUUUACUUUCUCGCAUAAGAUAAUUUAGAUUUUAAAAAUCAUACUUUAAAACCAUUUUUAAGGUAUUUUGAUAUUUGA